AUUACUGCUUCAGAGUGGCACAGUCAUUCGGAGCGGCUGCCAGCUGUGGGAGAAGAAGACCCAUAUGCGUGGAGGUGUUCCCAGGUCUACUCAAGCUCUCCAAAAGGCGACGGAACCAACUUUCUUCUUCCUUGCUCCAGGGUUCUACAGGGAGCCCCAGGGCUGCAGACUGAAGUCUUCCUAAAACUGCCUGAGCAAGAUGUCUGCUUGAUGUCCCUCUUCUGAGCUCAGUGGUUGUUCCAUGGGGGCUGAUGGCACGGACCUCAAGAUCAGAAUGCUGAACAUACAGAACGGAGCUUGGGGUGGCCAGCAGGACUGGUAUCAGGACAAUAUUGUGACUGGGCAGUCCAACCCAACAAUUGAAAGUUGCCAGCAGCUCGACAACAGUCUUCAUUCUGAGCAUCAGCCAGGGACGGUGAGUGAUGACCUAGAUGAGUCUCAGAUUCGUCUGCAGCUAAAACGGAAACUUCAACGAAACAGAACCUCUUUCACCCAGGAGCAGAUUGAGGCUUUAGAGAAAGAGUUUGAGAGGACACAUUACCCUGAUGUUUUUGCCAGAGAAAGACUUGCAGCAAAAAUUGAUCUUCCUGAAGCCCGGAUUCAGGUUUGGUUCUCGAAUAGAAGAGCCAAAUGGCGCAGAGAAGAAAAACUGCGUAACCAGCGACGCCAAGCAAGUAAUACCUCCAGCCACCUCUCCAUCAACAGCUCCUUCUCCAGCAGCGUCUAUCAGUCCAUCCCACAGCCCAGCAACUCAGGUUCAAUGCUGGGCCGGAGUGAAGCAGCUAUCACAAACAGUUAUGGUUCUCUGCCACCACUUCCGAGCUUCACGAUGUCUAACAAUCUUCCUAUCCAGCCCAUUGCUAGUCAAACCGCUGCCUAUUCCUGCAUGAUCUCCUCAAGUCCGUCAGUGAGCGUCCGCAGUUAUGAUGCUUACACCCCUCCUCAGUUACAGACUCACAUGUGUAACCAGAAUCUUGGAUCCGCUGCUGCCAGUUCUACAGGGUUAAUUUCUCCUGGGGUUUCUGUCCCUGUCCAAGUUCCAGGAGGUGACCCAGAUCUGAUUCAGUACUGGCCAAGGCUGCAGUGAAACCGGGAAGAAGCUGCUCUACUACAAGUUAUGUCAACUCAUUUUAAUACAGUAAGACUAAUCAUCAUCAUCAGUAAACAAAAGGAUAUCGGGAAGGUCAAACAGGGCAAGAACCAGUGACCAAUGAAGCGAACAAGCAGUAUUCACAACUUGUUUCAGUUCUAAAUUCAAAUUUAUUCUUGUUUUUCAAGAGAAGAGAAAGGACCAAGGCAGAACAAACCUUUCCGAAUCGAGCUAUUCCAUUUCAGUUUCAUCAGUAAUUUCCUGCUGUAUUACAUGUGAUUUGUGGCCUGACUUUUGUGGUUUCAUUACCAAGGGUGGCUUAUAAGAACGGUAUUUCACACCAAUCACUUUGGCUGUAUACAGGAGUUUGCUAUUUCUAAAAGUACAGUAUGUAGCAGUGCCGUGUGCAGCUGGAUACCCUACAUCAGUGAUCCCCAACCAGUAGCUCGUGAGCAACAUGUUGCUCUCCAACCCCUUGGAUGUUGCUCCCAGU